UUUGUCAAUAUUUUUGCCACAUUUUUUCAAUAACACUUUCUGCAAAAGAACCCUUGUUUAUUAUAGUUUCUUUCGUCAAGAAAAGCAUGUGGCUAUUUUUCCGAAAAGCAAGAAAAGUUCGACAGAUUUCAAUGAGGUGAAUAGAGGUGAAUUUUUCAGUCUUUGGCUAUCCAUAACCUAUCUUAUUUUGUUUUGAAACUUUUGAACCUUUUGAAACAAAAAUUUUAUAGAAAGAAAGUAAUUUCUGAUUAGAAAUUUUGAAAAAUAUUUUGGAAAUUAUUAUUUAAUCAUGAAAGAAGUGGAUAAUUCUACAGUUUCCAGAGAAGAAGAAGAAGUAGAAAAAGAAGUUGUUGGUAAUGGUGAAACGCCCCCAACUACGGAGUCAUUAGCUAAAGAAAAAUUAAAAGGAUGGUUGAAUCGCAUUUUUCGAAUAAAAAUCACAGAUGGUCGUGUUUUAACCGGAGCAUUUUUAUGCACUGAUCGUGAUGGAAAUGUCAUAUUGGGCUCUUGCACCGAAUAUCUUUCCGAAGAUCAUAAAUUAACGGAAGCAAGAACAUUGGGUUUAGUUAUGGUGCCAGGUCGACAUAUAGUAACUAUUCAAUUAGAUUCUUAAAUAAUUAAAUUUUGAAUAAGUGUUUUGAAAAAAACUGUCAGAAAUUAUUUGCUAUUUCUCUAAAUAAUUUUUUCUCAUCUCAGCGAAAUAAAAUUUCAAAAAAAAAAAAAUACACGAGUUCGUGAAAUAAAAUUCAGUUAUAAUUUUGACGUUAAUGUUUGUAUUAAAAUAGGAUAAAAUAAAAAGAAAAGAAAGUAACAAA